AUGAUGACAACGAGUCUUCAAGGGAGUAACUUCGACUAUUGGAAGUCUCUCAAGGCCUGGUUGGAAGAGUCCAUCAGCGGCAGCUUUCCCACAGUUAUGAAAGAGCCUUCACCAAGUCACCCGGAGCCACCCGCCACAAUCGUCCUCAAGGUCACUCUGGCAACUCUAGCCACACUGGCAGAACUGCGUAUCGAAAUUACCGGCUUGAUCAGACUUACAUACAAGUUACGACCGUAUUGUCUGCUGCGUUUUGAGCUGCGAUCGACACGCGAGGAUGGGCUGGAGGAGUGCUCGAAUCACGCCACAACGUUAUUUCUGCUAAGGAAGACACUAUUCGUCUUCAUAUCUGGCAUCAUGGAAGAUUAUCCCUGGCGUAAGGAUGACGAUUGUCCCGAAAUUUGGGUCAAUGGGUAUGGCCAAAUUGUUGAGGCAACGUAUCCUGGCGUCUGCGACGAAGGCCCUCAGUCUGUCGUCAACAAGGAUUUAGACAUGGCUAUUGAUGCGCUCGAAAUAUUGGGAGAGACUUACAUCAAGAGUCUAAAAAAUCGAGUCUUCUCGAAGACCAGAUCUGGAGCACCGCGCCGCUUUGUCUCGUUGCGUUCAUCAUGGCCUGAACGGAGCAAUGCACUGAACGAAAGCGCGUCGAUGAAAGCCUUUUGGAAAUCUCUCUAUCAUCAAGAUUGGUCGAAGGGCUCUGACUCACUCCGGUAUCUCGAUCUUCGAUUGGAUACCAGAUGA